AUGCCUGCCGAUCCGGACGGGGGCAUGCUUCUGCCCCAUUGCGAUGACGAUGACUUGAGCUUCUGGUGCCGACAGCUCUUCAAUGAUGACCACCCCCAGUCCGUCCUCCCAGACAACUUCCUCGUUGGUUCCUUACCUGAUAACUUGCUGUCUUUCGAUUUAUCAUGGCCUACUAUUGGCGAGUACACUGAUCUUACAUCUCACGGCAACCUUCCUCCCGCUAGUCUCUCGGAUGCUCCCCUCUCUGAAGCCUCCCAGCAUCACCAGCCUCCUACGACCUCUUCUGCUGAGAUAUGCCGCUCAGCCCAUGGUUCCCACAAAAACGGCUUGCCGUCCAAGAUCGGUACUCGUUUCUCUCAGGAGGCGCUCAGGACUCUUAAAGACUGGCUCAACUCUAACAGCGAUCAUCCCUACCCUGACGAGGAAGAGAGGGAGAUGCUGCAGCGUCAGACAGGUCUUAACAAGACCCAGAUUUCGAACUGGCUUACCAAUGCUCGCCGCAGACGCAAGGUCCAACACCGCAGGUCCACCUCCCCUUCUGUUCGCAAUAACUGUACCGGUCCUAUCGACAUUCCCCGGCGUCCGAAUACACCUGCCUUCGAGAUCAAUACGAAUCUGAAUCCCCUGGAGCGUUGGGUUGAUUCACCCCCCGAGAACGAACCCGCCUCAGUCACCGCCAUCGCUCAGGCCGUCGCCUUAAACUCGAAGAUUUCCUUGGGGUUGAAAAGCCCUUCCUCCUUGAUUUCCACCGAUGAUGGAUCCAACCCUUCGCUCUACAAUGCCUCUUCCGCGAGUAGUGCUGGCACUUCAAGCGGUGCCUCCUUCGGCUCCAUGACGCGUCAGCGCGGCCGUCGUCGUCGCAGGAGACCCGUCCCCAAGCGCAAGGAGAAACUCUCCUCAGCUGUGCCGCUCAAGAAGUUCCAGUGUACGUUCUGCGCAGGGACCUUUGGGACUAAGUAUGACUGGCAGAGACAUGAGAAGUCGCUACACCUCUCUCUAGAACGGUGGAUGUGUGCCCCCAAUGGGCCUCGGGUCCUCAAUCCCCAGAGCCACCAGAACUGCUGUACCUUCUGCGGCGAGGUUGAGCCGAGCGAUGAGCACAUCGAAAGUCAUAACCUCUUGGCUUGUAUGGAGAGGCGCCCUGAAGAUAGGACAUUUUAUCGCAAAGAUCACCUUAAUCAGCACCUAAGACUUAUGCAUAAUGUCAAAUUCCUCGACUGGAGCAUGAAGUCGUGGAAGGUCACUGGUCCUGAUAUCCGGUCGCGCUGCGGGUUUUGCGGUAUAGUAAUGUCGAACUGGUCGGCUCGAGUGGACCAUCUUGCAGAGCAUUUUAGGAAUGGUAAUACAAUGGCUGCCUGGAGGGGAGACUGGGGUUUCGAAGCUCCUGUGCUCAAGAUGGUUGAGAAUUUUAUUCCUCCGUAUCUGAUCGAGAAUGAACGCCGCUCUCCAUUCCCUUAUGUUGCGACCGCUGCGCCAACCGAGAGCCCGGAGAGCGCUUAUGAGUUGAUAAAGCUAGAACUGGAUCAUUUUACGCUCAACCACCAUGAAAGAACGGGCACACUGCCGAGCGACGAAGAAUUACAAGUAGAGGCCUGCCGUAUCAUUCUCGUCUCCGAAGUCUCGUCUCUUUCCCUUCAAGGUAUCGCCGCCAGAACCUCUUGGCUUCGUGACCUUCUCAUGGCCUCGGAGGCUAUCAACCGCCGAGCACAAACGGCUCCGCUGCGCCAAGGGAGCAAGAACAGGUUGUCUAUCCUCAAGAUCAAUGGCGAGGACAACAUGUUUGAGCAAUGCCCACUCGAGAACCAACUCUACGAGUUUGUGUGGGCCAAGGGAUGUUCUGUUCCCGAAACCCUAGACGUCGGUGAGCUCCAGCAGGAGGCCUGCCGCAUCAUCCGCCGUACCGAAGAAGCCUCGACGACUCCGUCCAGUUUCAUUGUCGACUGGCUGGUCAGGCUAAUCAACUCCUCCAACAGCUGGCUGCACAACUUCCGUCAACGCGCACACCUUCCGAGGACUGAGGGCACUUGUGUCAAGCCACAGCCCACAAUAUUCCAGGCUCAACGCCGGGAGUUGAAUGAGAUGGCUCGAACGCAAUCUCCUAGGAUGUUUUUCGGGGGCUGCUCAGAGGUGAUCCCUUCCACGGUUGCAGGACAAGCGGGAGCGUUCUUCUUGACGGAUGCCAACUGCUAUCGUCGCCUCUUUCGGGAGCUGACGCGCUUCGUCACAUCGAUCAUGUCACCUAACAAUCCAAACUGCCAUGUACCGACUGAUGCUGAGAUUCAGCAUCAGGCUCGAUGUAUAAUCUUUGACGACGACGAUCCCUGGAACCAGACCGCCGCCGACAACGCGGAGUGGCUCUUGCGAUUCAAGCGCGAUGUUGGCAUCCUGUCUUCGGGUCCCGGCCUCUCGCUGGACACCAACGCUUGGAACAUCACCCACGGCGGCACGGGCUUCGCUCCUCCGUACGUCUUUCCCAAUAAGCGAAUGCUCCACGCUACUCCAUCCACAACGGCCUCAGUCAACAUCCCAAGUGGCACGAAUGAUUCCACCAUGAUGACGAACCUGGCCACGACUUCUCCCUGCUUUGACAAGGUUGAAAUCUUCAUUGGCAAUAACGCAACGCCCUUCGAGACCAACCAAGCCUUACUGGACUGGUACAUCGAAGCCUUCCCAUCCCGCUAUGAUCGCCCCGCUACAGUCUUUUGCUCGCGCGAGCUCGAGAGCGGCCUCGUGGGCUUUGUCGAGGCCGAGAUUGCACGUGGCGCUGGGUUCCCCUCGGAUGAGGCGCUCAAGCUGCGCGGCCGCGAGAUCCUGGGCAGUGACACGACGGCGGCUGACGACCCCAGUCUUCUUGACAAGUUCAAGGCGUGGGUGAUGCCAUUGUGCAAUCAGUGGCAAGAGCAACAGCCCGUGGGCAUGUCCUCGGCUUUGCCUUGCGAUAGUGAUAUCAACCCGACCAAUACGGAGAUAGAUAGCAUUCUUGCUGAUGCGAGCUUUGAUAUGACAUUGAGAUGA